ACUACCUCAUACUCUCAGUAGUCCAACCUAAAGCAAACACAGUCAGGUGGAAUUCCGCCGCAGCAGUUUCCGACUGAAACGAUGUCGCUUUGUAUUCCGCCGGGUGGAUUCACCGCUCCGAAUCUCCACUGCUCAUCUCACCAGCGCACGAGCAGAAACGUCGCUCUCAAAUUCACCGUUUUCGCCAACUUUUCUCCCUCCAAUCAGCCGUCGUUAAGGAUCGCCGCCGAGAAUCCGUUCCGGAUACAAUGCGCCGGUCCUGACACCGCGACGGGGAAGACUAGUCAGCUGGAGGAUUUCGAGGAACCGAAACUCGAUGACGGUGGCGAUGAUGUCGGCGGCGGUGGAGGAGGGGAGGGAGAUAGCGGCGGCGGUGGUGGAGAGGGAGAUGACGGCGGCGGUGAAGAUGAGUUCGGGCCGAUCGUGAACUACGAGGAGGUUUUGAUGGAGGCAGAGAGCCGCGGCGUGGUGCUGCCGGCUGAUUUGAUCGAGGCGGCGAAAGCGGAGGGGCUACGGAGGGUUUUUCUCACUAGGUACUUGGAUCUCCAGAGUGCAGGCUGGCCGCUAGGGUUUCUGAUGAGAAAUUUCUCGAUGCUGCGGAACCGAAUGCUGGCGGAUCCAUCAUUUUUGUUUAAAGUUGGAACAGAGGUGGUAAUUGAUUCUUGCUGUGCAACUGUUGCUGAAUAUAGAAAAAGAGGGAAGGAGUUUUGGGCAGAGUUUGAAUUGUACAUGGCAGAUUUGUUAGUGGGUAUUGUCGUUGACGUUGCUUUGGUUGGUAUGCUGGCCCCAUAUGCGCGUAUAGGCAAGAAACCAAUACGCGGUGGAAGUGGCUUUCUUGGGAGUAUGCAGCUGGCUACUGCUGCUCUCCCCAGCAGUGUUUUUGAAGCUGAGAGACCAGGAGUUAAAUUUUCAUUGCAGCAACGAGCUGCUUCGUUAUUUUACAAGGGCGUGUUAUAUGGCGCAGUUGGUUUUGGAUGUGGUAUUAUCGGCCAAGGCAUAGCAAAUGCGAUCAUGACUGCUAAAAGGAGCAUCAAGAAGUCAGAGGAGGAUAUACCCGUGCCCCCCUUAAUAAAAAGUGCUGCUCUCUGGGGUGUUUUUCUCGGAAUUUCCUCAAACGUCCGUUAUCAAAUUAUAAAUGGAUUGGAAAAUCUCGUUGAAGCUCGAAUCCCACAGGUUGCCAAGCCUUUCACCGUGGGCAUACGGUUCGCCAAUAACUAUUACGGUGGAGUGCAGUUCAUAGAGUGGGCCAAACUGAGCGGGGUUCAAUAAUUAAAGCUCUUGGCAUCUUCACCCAUGUACCAAGAUGCAGUUGAUUUUGCUUCUGCACACAUUUAGAUUAGAUAAGUACUUCCAUGCAGCUGAUGUUUCAUCUAAUAUCGACUUCAAUUUUAUGGCCUUGAAAUUUAGAACAAGUUGUUAAAUCUAUUGUACUGUGUAUAUCUUAUGUAGCAUGGCUCUCGAUUUAUCCGCGAUAAUCAUAUUUGUUUAAUCCA